CGAGCUUCAUACACUUGGUUUCUUCUGGCGAGGUGCUUUUAUGCUCCCUGCUCUUCGCCUACUGUUGGCAAAUUUUUGAAUUACAGUCAAUGCCGGAGGAAAGAAUUUGAGGGAACACCCACUUCCUGGAGCUGCGCCUCUCACCACUACAGAGUAUACGGGGUGACCAAAAAAAAAAAAACAACAAAAAACAAGCACGCAGAGAUGGUGGGAGGAUUUUCCGAUUCGGAUGGGUCCCAAGGUUGACCGUCCGUCAUUAGCGGCUGUUCUUGUGUGCGGCCCGGGAAGACCGCGACAGAGACAGACUGUCAGAUCGCAGUACCAGCCGGCUUUUCGUGGAUUUCGGAGUGCCUUAGGAGUCUUUUGGCUACGGCAGGCCGGCAGCGGCCUACACCUCAAUGCAGUGGCACUGGCCUGGCCCUGCCGCAGCAUAUGACAGAGGAACUAUUGUAUUUCUUGAUAAAGCGAACGACCGACAGGUCGGGGGAAUUUACAAAAUAAAACCAGAAAAAAAAAAAAAAACUUGAACACCAGAAGAAAACCGGUGGCAUCGAUGUUUACAAGAACGGAAAGUUUUGAUUUCAUUUGAACUGCUCGCAUCUAUAUGCAGCGUGGCUGCUAUUUAACCGAAUGUUUAUGCGGCAUAUUAUAUAGUGUUGUGUUUAUUAUUUUUUUGUUUUAUUUUAUAUUUUCCUAACGAGUAGCAAUGUCGACACCAUCAGCAGAAAUGAUUGAAAACUCGCCUGGGUACCCGUUCGAAGAGAUCGAUUACGGUGAGAUCGAAGUGGAAGAGGUUGUUGGAAGAGGUGCCUUUGGUGUUGUCUGUAAAGCCAAAUGGAGAGGAAAGGAUGUGGCUAUUAAGACAAUAGAAAGUGAAUCUGAAAGAAAAGCUUUCUCUGUUGAGCUUCGACAGUUGUCUCGUGUUAGUCAUCCAAAUAUUGUGAAGCUCUACGGAUCUUGCAGUAGUCCGGUUUGCCUUGUUAUGGAGUAUGCUGAAGGAGGGUCAUUAUACAAUGUUUUGCAUGGUGCUGAGCCUCUGCCACAUUAUACUGCGGCCCAUGCCAUGAGCUGGUGCUUGCAAUGCUCGCAGGGAGUGGCCUACCUACAUGGAAUGAAACCAAAGGCUUUAAUUCACAGGGACCUCAAACCACCAAAUCUGCUACUAGUAGCUGGUGGCACAGUAUUGAAAAUUUGUGACUUUGGAACGGCAUGUGAUAUUCAGACACACAUGACAAACAACAAAGGCAGUGCUGCUUGGAUGGCACCAGAGGUGUUUGAAGGUAGCAAUUACAGUGAAAAGUGUGAUGUUUUUAGCUGGGGAAUUAUUCUCUGGGAAGUGAUAACACGAAGGAAACCUUUUGAUGAAAUUGGAGGGCCUGCAUUUCGAAUUAUGUGGGCAGUUCAUAAUGGUACCCGGCCUCCACUCAUCAAAAAUCUUCCUAAGCCUAUAGAAAGUCUUAUGACUCGUUGUUGGUCCAAGGAUCCUUCUCAACGCCCAUCCAUGGAGGAAAUUGUGAAAAUCAUGUCUCAUCUAAUGAAGUAUUUUCCAGGAUAUGAUGAACCACUUCAGUAUCCUUGUCAGUAUUCUGAGGAAGGGCAAAGUAAUUCUGCUACCAGUACAGGGUCCUAUGUGGAUUACACUUCUACCAAUACAAGUAAUAAAAGUGAUCCAAAUGUAGACCUUGGAGAUUCUCAGGCGAAUGCUAUCAAUGACACUAUCAAGCGCAAUGAAUCUAAGCUAUCCCAGAUGUUUAAAAUCAAGGGAGAAACUGGACGUUUGAAUCUUCCAUUGUCUAUGGGGGGCAGUGUGGAAAGCUUGUCAGACCAAAAAGUGAGACCUCCUUCUAUGACAUCUGCAGAUUCUAAGAGGAUGAGUGCAGAUCUGUCAGAAUUAGAUCACAGGAUAACCCUAGCAAAUACAGCACGUUCCAAGCCUAAUCGAGGCCAUCGUAAAACUGCUUCAUUCGGAACCAUUCUGGAUGUUCCUAAGAUCAUCAUAUCAGCAAGCGCUGAACAUCAGAGGCGUAGAUCUGUUCAAGACCUUCCUGCAAUUGGGACUGAAUCCAGUCAGGGAAGCAGAAGCAGCAGUAGGUCUUCAAGUCCAAGUGUAAGGAUGAUUACCUCAGAAAAAACUGUGAGGAACAUUGGUUUUCCUGAUGAGUCAUCAGAUACUAAUGGUUCUGAUAAUUCUAUUCCUAUGGCAUAUCUCACACUGGAUCACCAAUUACAGCCACUUGCUCCUUGUCCAAACUCCAAAGAAUCUAUGGCAGUGUUUGAACAACACUGUAAAAUGGCUCAAGAAUACCUGAAAGUACAGACGGAAAUUGCAUUACUGCUUCAGAGAAAGAAUGAACUAAUUGCAGAGUUAGACCAAGACGAAAAAGACCAACAGAAUACUUCACGUUUGGUACAAGAACACAAAAAACUUUUGGAAGAGAAUAAAAGUCUUUCUACUUAUUUCCAGCAAUGUAAAAAACAGCUUGAUCUCAUCAGAGCUCAGCAACAGAAGAGACAAGGAACAUCGUGAUGUUUAUAAGAAAAACGUGAACACCAAGCAUCAUUCUACGGAUUCACAGACUGUUUAGUUUAAAAAAAAAAAUCAUCACUUUUUUGUUUUUGUGACUUAUUUUAAGAAAUAGAAUUUGAUGCAUUUUUGAGAAUUCUAUAAAUCUAUAUCAUUUUUCACUUUGAGUAAAGUGUUCUCACAAUCCAGAAGGUUUUUGUUUAUUUGUUUUUGAUUCUUUUUCCGGUUUAGUUCUGGAUGGCAAAGAUCUUUAGGGACACCGACAGCUUAAUGUGUGAUAAGCAUGCUACAUAUCCAUAACAGUAUAAACACCUGAAAAAUGGGCUUUUGUCUUCAUCUUGGUGUGUUUCUUGCACAUCAUGGCUAGCCAGUUAUGUUUAAAAACAGAAUUAACUAAUGCCUUACAAAAAAAGAAAAAAAAAUACUUGCUUCUGCUUUCUUCCAUUUGUUGACUUCUAGUAAUAUUGUUAUAUAUUGAGUGGAAUAUGAAAAUCACAGUCGCCAUUGCAUUGUGUGUGUAUGUAUAUGUAUAUAUAUAUAUAUAUAUAUAUAUAUAUAUAUAUAUAUAUACACACACACACACACAUACCUACACACACACAAAGAUUUAAAGUGAAAUGUUUACCUAUAUAACAUCCAGAUGCUGCUUUAGUGUGGACUUCCCCACACAGUUAAUAUCCCUUCUUCCAUAACUAUGUAACUUGCUGCUUCUGCAGAGCUGUCAGACUUGGUGGUUAUUAUUUCCAGUGUCUUCAAGGUUGUCUGUCUAAUUGUAUUUCAGUAAUAGUAUGUUUAUUUGAUCAGUCUUAAUUACAACAGCUUUACCAUCAUAAUUACAUUCUAAACAAUAGAUUUUAUCAAACAUUUUUUAAAGGCCAUCUGUAGCAAAAAACAUGUGAAUGUGAAAAUGAUGAAAUAAGAAUGGUAAUGCAACAGCAAGCAUCCCUCAGAAAAUUGGAAUUUGGCCCAGCUGUCCGUGAGUAAAUCGCUUUGAUCGUCAAAGAAUAUAUUUUACCACUACCAAUGCUGAGUCUAACAGUUCUGACAGUAUAUACCAAUUUAAGAUUGUACUUGUUUGCAAAAUAUUGAAUUCACCCUAGAUGCUGCUAAAACGUAAAUAGUUGUUGCUUGCAUGGUUAAGUACCAAAACAAAAAGUUACUCUGAAUGGCAGUUGAUUCAAAAGUUUCAGCUGCAUCCCCAAUGGUAAAAGUAAAUGUAGGUCAUUACCACUUUUCAGGAAUGUAGAUUUGAAAUGAAUGCUAAACUGUCAAUAUGCCUGCCAAAACUUGCCUCAAUUUGAGAAUAAAGGCUUGGCCCAUUUUUUUCAUUUUAUUCUUUGAACCAAAUAGUGUUUUUUUCACAUUUAAAUUGAAUUUCUAUGUUUUAGUCUUCCAUUACUUCUGGGAGGUUCAGCUUACAAGACUACUUUUUGUUUUUGUUUGGUUGUUAUAAAUUAUAAACUUUAUAAGAGCUUUAAUGAAAUAUAGUUAGUAGUCCAGAAAAUGUUUUAUUAUGUUUAUAGAUUACCUAGAGAGGAAAUCUAAAACAUUGACAUAUUGUUAGCACUUGUUCAUGUUUUUGAAUUGCCAUGCAAACAGAAACAAUUGAAGAAAACCUUGAAUAUAUAACAGGAACUCUGAACUAUGUUGUAUUACAUAGGCAACAAUUGAUUCUAGCUGUCAUUUUUGAAUAGCUUCAACAAUAAAGGAGAAGAGAAUAAAAACUUUAUGGUAUUGAUGUAAAUAUUAUUAAACGUAUGCCUCUCUAAGCAAACAAAUCUAAUUUUUUGUCAUGACUUAUACCUUCAGCGUUCUUUUUAAGAAUGCAUCCUUUUUAAAAAUAAUUUAAAGUAAAAGUCCAUUUAGCCGAGCCUUUAUCUUGUUUGCAAUUCUUUUAAAGAAGAGACACAGUUCAAAUGUAAUGUCUAAGAUUUUUUUAGGUUUGUGCAUUUGUUGUUGGUUUUAACAUAACUAAAGAACCACAUAACAAAACACAUUUAUCUUUUGCCACAAUGUAUUUUGCUAAUUGUUGUUUUAUUAUUUAUAGCUUCAGUAGGAAUUUCAAUAAUUUAUACUCUGCAUUUUUAAAGAUGGCUUUCCAACAUUAUUUUAAAAAGUCUUCAUUUUUAAAUAUUUUUUGAAAAGGAGGUAAUAUCUAGAGCCAUCCUCAUAAUAGGACACUUUAUUUUUCUUUAUUAUCAGCAUCCCUGUCAACCAGAAGAUCAGAUGAAUGAAAAGAGCUGUAACCUAUUUGCAAACCAGACAGUAGUGUUGGUCUCUGCACAAUUCUGCUAACUAGGCCUUGUUCCCUUCCAAUGGGCAUUUGUUUUUACAGCAUUUGACCUGGUAUUUAUUCAUACUGCAGCUGCGUAAAGCUUAAAUUAAAGCAUCUACACGACUGUAUAAUUGGUAAGUUGGAAUAUACUGUGCAGGGUGGUAUGUGGCAGGUUGGUUUAAAUUUGCACUGAAAUAUUGUGAAUAUUUUCAUACUGUAUUGUAUAGCCCUAGACAAUGGUUUUCUUUUAUCAGUCUGUUAUUGGUUAAAUUGUACCUUUGCAUGCAUCUGAGAACAUAAAACAUUUUUGUUUUGUGUUUUCUUAAAAAUAUUAGUUUGUAUUGCAUGUGAGGUAACAUGAUUGUCUUGUUUCUUCAAGGCACGAAGCUUAUAAAAAAGAUUUUACUGUAAAUUUAAAUCUCAAGAGUGCUGAAAUAGUUGAUUUUUAAAAAAAAUAUUUGUAGCCAUUUGUUUAGGGGUUGUUUUCUUGUUGCCAUGAGGUCUUAUUUAUGAUGUGUAUGAAUGUAUUUACAAAGAAUUCAGGAAGCCCAGUUUAGCUGUUUAACUUGUUUUAACUUUUUUUUUUAAGGAACUGCGUCUUUUUCUCUUUUCAGAUUAAAUCUGUUAAAGAAGAUUGCUUUCAUCCAGUCAGGGCAGUGAAAAUUUGCCUAGCAAAUGUAUUGAUCGAUCUUCCAAUUAAACAGAUCUAUUUUUAUAAUGCACUAUGGUAAACUACAGUAAUUUUACCCUUUGACAUUUUAAAGAAUUUGUAUGUUAUUUGUAUUUUGAAAAUCAGUAAGGCUUUGGCCAUUAUGAUAAAGGAACGAAAACACUUGAA